GUUUGUUUAAAAAAGUCCAAUCAUCUCUGCCUUCCAUUAAUCCUUAUAUUACAUGCAUAGGUACCUACCUACCUAGGAUGUAGGUCCAGUAGCACCAGAUUGAAAUCGGGAUCUUGGAUGUAAUAACUUUAACAUGUUCCGCUGCGAUUUGUGCAAUUAUUCUUCAUUUAUACCCCGCAGCAUCGUGUCGAUUACCAGAGAUCCGUUCCGGUCAGAAUGCAACGCCAGAUCAGGAUGAGAGCCCGGCCUGCGAUACGACCUAAUGUCAAUAGCCACGACUGCAAUGGACUACCCAAGACCCAUUCAAGAUGGCACAUCGCAAAAGAUCCGGCUAUUUAUGCUCAUAGAACCCUUUUCACGAACCCCGAGCUGAGCUGCGAUGAAUCAUUCACUGAUGCAUCAUGUUUCGCUUUAGUAGUGAACUUUUCAUCGUUGGCCUCGCUUGCCUCUUCUGCCGUGUCGUAUGUCAAAGCGACGAUCUAGGCCUUAAGAAUGGUUAUAUCACCAUUAAAACUGCCAAUUUCAACGCUAAGAUUGUUCGCGAUGCGCAAGUGCUCGCGUCGCUAAGUCCGGCAGGGGACUCGUUCGAUUUUCUACCCUUUGAUUUGAUAUCCGCUCGAGCUGGAAAUGGUCAGUAUCAUUGGGGUGAUAUUACGUACCGUUAUCGCGAAGAUAAUUAUGGUCCGUGGAUCGACGGCGACUCCGCAGCUUCCCGGAAGGCCGUCACCACCCGCAAGGUCGGAACAGGAGUCCUAGCUUCUUCAGGUUUGGCACCAACACUUCCUGAUGGGGGACCUUUAAAUGUGACUCGCGAAUGGCUCGAUGUCUCCGGUGACCUAGGUCUACGUUUCACAAUCGAGAACUCGGGAGCGUCUCCCGUUGAGAUAGGCGGUUUGGGGUUUCCGGCCGAGUUCAACAGCAUUUUUACAAAUCGUGCUGCAGAAGAUACGCAGCGUCUGUGUUCACUAUCCGAUCCAUAUGUCGGCAUGCACGCGGGUUACAUCCGCGUCAGCCCAGUUCGCGGAACCGGCGCCGCGCUUGUCGUGACACCACUUGGGGAUACUCCGUUGGAAGCAUACCGUAAUCUAGCCGAGCCUUCUUACGAAGCUACAGCUUACGGUAGCCAGACCUUCGAGGGCUUCUAUGAGUGGCAGGUCCUCAGCCGUGCAUGGGCUGAGAAAGAAUGGGCAAAUGUGCAACCAUGGAAUGCGCCUUCAUCAAAAACCCUCCAACCUGGCCAAACACUACAAUUUGGUGUACGCUUUUCCGUGGCUAAAGGUGGUGUCCGCGACAUUGAUGAGACUGUGCGAAAAACCGGCACCCCCGUAGCUUAUGGUGUUCCCGGGUACAUAAUCCCAAGAGGAUCAACGUCGCAACUUUUCCUAAACGCCCAGUCGAACCCGAUAUCUUUUUCCAGUGAGCCCGUAGAGUCCUUAGCCUUCAGCCAGCUCUCAUCGGGCUCAUAUGGCAUAACUCCGUCUCCAACCUUCUGGGGCCGCUCAAGGCUCACUAUCGACUACGAGGACGGAAAGACCCAAACGAUUCAUUACUACGUUACUAAGUCUGGUACGGAGGCUAUCGGAGAUCUAGGACGGUUCCUCACAACGAAGCAGUGGUUCAAUGACACAUCGGACCCUUUCGGUCGUGCUCCCUCAGUUAUGAGUUAUGACUACGAGGCCAACUCUAUCGUGGCGCAAGACUCGCGAGUAUGGAUUGCCGGACUUAGUGACGAAGGAGGUGUGGGUGCAUACCUCGCUGCAACGGUGAAGCAGGUUAUACAGCCGGACCCCGAGGAAGUAUCAAAGCUCGAGAUGUUCAUUGAUAAGGUUCUCUGGGGCACUAUCCAGACGAAAGAUUUUGGCGUUCGUAAGAGUAUCUUCUACUAUGAACCCUCAGUAGUCCCAAAAUACACCUACAAUUCCGCUUUCGAUUGGUCUAGCUGGACAUCAUGGAACAAGGACGCGGCCUACGCAAUCGAUCGGGCCUACGACUACGUUCAUGUUGCAGCAGCCUAUUGGUCGUUAUACCGUGUGGCACGGGCCUACCCUGAGCUAGUAAAAAGCCAUGAUUGGAAAUGGUACAUCAACCAGGCUUAUAGCACCGUCAUACGCGGAAUGCAGUCCGAUGUUGGAUAUAAUCGGCUCGGUUUAAUGGGAGAAACCGUGUUUGGGGAAAUUCUUACCGAUCUCACCCGAGAAGGUCUAACUACACAGGUUGAUACGCUCACUAAAGCUAUGAGAUCAAGGGCUGCACAAUGGGAUUCAGAAGAAGUUCCAUACGGAAGUGAGAUGGCUUGGGACUCCACCGGCCAAGAGGGGGUUUACUACUGGGCGAAAUAUUUCGGCUUCUCAAGCACAGCAACAAAGACAGUAAAUAGUGUUCUAGGUUAUAUGCCCACGGUUCCCCACUGGGGAUGGAAUGGGAACGCUCGUAGGUACUGGGAUAAUAUCUACGGCGGCAAACUCGAACGCAUCGAGCGCCAAAUCCAUCAUUACGGGUCAGGCCUCAAUUCUCUAGUUCUCCUCUCAGCCUUUCGCAGCAACCCUUCCGACACGUAUCUCUUACAAGUCGGCUAUGGCGGCUCCAGUGGACCUUUAUCCAACAUCAACCAAGCUGGAUUCGCGUCUGCAUCUUUCCACUCCUGGCCCGACACCCUGAAAUGGGACGGCUAUAGCGGGGACUACGGCCCCGGGUUUCUCGGGCUAGUCCUUGGAUCUGGCACCUACGUCGCGGAGCACGCCAGCUUCGGACUCCUCGCCUACGGUGGUGUGCUUUCCAACACCGAAAACGAUGGCGAGGUUAGCGUGCAGAUUAACGGCCCUGUGACGCGACGUAUCUUCAUUGGGCCACUUGGUGUGACAAUUAAUACGGACGCUGGCAGAAUAAGCAGUUUCAGCUAUACAAGCUCCUCGGGAGCCAUUUCCGUCGUACUAACGCAGCUUUCCGGUGCACCAAAGGCGGCCGCCGCGGUUCUGUGGGUCGACAAGAGUGGGGACUCGGCCUCCUACAGCGUAUCGAGUCCCGAGGCGACUUGUGAGCGAUCGGGGUGGCGGAUCCCGUUGACGGCUAGUGGUGAUGUGGUUGUUGAGUUGACGAGCAGCUAAGUGAGUACUUACCUAGGUAGUAUACUAUGUAGUAUACUAUGUAUUUGAUGUAGCUACCUACUCAGUACACAUACAUUGGCCUCUCUAAUUUGACC